CAGGACUGACUCUCCUCGCCCAAACACACAAGAUGGCUUUGCCCGGCCGCAGGUCCAAGAACCCCAAGACACUGGCUUUCCUUCUAGUGGGUAUGACUUUCGUGGUGCUGCACCAGUGGUUUCUCCAGGAGCCCACGCAGAAGUACACUGAAGUCCCCACCGCUGCUCCCUGGUCUUCCGAGGCUGCGGUGCAGCUGUCGCCACACCUCCAGGCGCCCCCUUGCGUGGCCAACGCCUCUGUGAACCUCACGGAAGGCUUCCAGGAGCUGCCUGCCCGGAUCCAAGACUUCCUACGCUACCGCCACUGCCGCCGCUUCCCGCAGCUGUGGGACACGCCCCACAAGUGCGCGGGCCAUCGCGGCGUCUUCCUGCUGCUGGCCGUGAAGUCUUCGCCCGCGCAUUACGAGCGGCGGGAACUGAUCCGGCGCACGUGGGGCCAGGAGCGCAGCUACGGCGGGCGGCAGGUGCGUCGCCUCUUCCUGCUGGGGACCUCCCCUCCCGACGAGGCGGCGCGCGAGCCUCAGCUGGCCAGCCUGCUGGACCUGGAGGCGAGCGAGCAUGGCGACGUGCUGCAGUGGGACUUCGCGGACACCUUCCUCAACCUCUCGCUCAAGCACGUGCACCUGCUGGAGUGGACAGCCGAGCGCUGCCCGGGUGCGAGCUUCCUGCUCAGCUGCGACGACGACGUCUUCGUGCACACGGCCAACGUGGUGCAUUUCCUGGAGGUGCAGUCGCCCGAGAGCCACCUCUUUACCGGGCAGCUCAUGGACGGUUCUGUGCCCAUCCGCGAAAGCUGGAGCAAGUACUUCGUGCCCCCGCAGCUCUUCCCGGGCAAGGCCUACCCAGUAUACUGCAGCGGCGGCGGCUUCCUCCUGUCCAGCCGCACAGCCCGCGACCUGCUCAGCGCGGCGCGCCAGGUCCCGCUUUUUCCCAUCGACGACGCUUACAUGGGCAUGUGUCUGAAGCAGGCCGGCCUGGCGCCCAGCCCCCAUGAGGGCAUCCGGCCCUUCGGCGUGCGGAUGCCGGGCUCGGAGCGCUCAUCCUUCGACCCCUGCGUGUACCGCGAGCUGUUGCUGGUGCACCGCUUUGCGCCCUAUGAGAUGUUACUCAUGUGGAAGGCGCUGCACAACCCGCAGUUGCACUGCAGCCGCAGGCACCAGGCAGGGCCUCCUGAGAACAGAAAGCUGGGGAGCUGAGAGUGCGUCUUCCGAUCUGAACCCCGAUGCACACUGAUAUCACCCUGAGGGUAGAUCUGGAAAUCACUAUAUCCUAGCCUGUGUUCCUGGCCUCCACGUCAGGGAUUCUGACCCUAUUGGUCUUCAGACGCGUAGGUGUGUUUUUCUUAUUUUAAACUGGGCUGGGAAUACCUGUUUAUCCUCACAUACCAGCCUUCCCGGGAACCUGUAACCAUUCAUUGUGGGUAGCAAGAGAGGCAUGACUGCCAAGAUCAAUGUUAGCUGAGGGGAGCUCCCAGAAGGCAGUUUACACUCGGAACGAAGCCGUGUCUGGCAGCCUUGCUUCCGCGACGCUCCAGGAAUCUUGGAGGAGUCAGCGUCGCAGCCUCCCUUCUGCAGCCCUGACUGUGAACUAGUAGCGUCCGAUUUGCUUCUCCAACGCUUUUGGAAAUGCUAUCUGUCCCAAUGGCGUGGAGCGUUAUCUGUGAGAACCCUGUCUUGGUUUUCUGUUGCUGCUCUAACAAAUUCUCACCAAGGCUCGAAGCCUAGGAACAAGCCCACUUAUCCUGUAGUUCUCCGACAACACAGGCCCUUCUCAUUAGGUUAAAGUCAAGGUGUUGGUAAAACCUCCUUCCUUCCUGGGUAUCCACACACCCCACUAUAUUCCCUCGCUUCUAGAAGAGGCCCUCCCUCCUUCAUCUUCAAAACCAACCAUGUUACAUUUCUCUACAGCCAAACUUCUCUCUGACUAGUCUUUAUCUGCUCUCCUUCCCUGGAGCUAAAACCCGGGUUCACCGGGCUAACCCAGGCUUAGCUUGUGUCUAUUUGCUUAAGACAAACUCCCAUGUAGCCCAGGCUGCCCCGAAACUUGCCAUGAGGUAGGUCAAGCAUGAGCUUUAAUUCAGGGUGGAUUACAGGUUUGUCUCCACACCCAGGUAAUAUCUUCAUGUUUUAAAGCCAGCUCACCAGCAAUUCCAUAGUUCAUCUUGUUCACACAUAACCUAUUUUAGUCACAGAUUCCAGGGAUUAGGGUGUGGACAUCCUUGGAGGCUCUGUCUACCACGAUGCUAUUUAAUAAUAAACGAAGGAAAUGAACACGGGACAGAUGUGCUUCUUCUCAACAAACGGUCCCAAUGCCCACUCUCACGGUGGACAACGGGGCAUCGCCAAUCCCAAAGUUCCUGCUCUGGAGCCGUGUUCUCAGUUCCCGGGAAGAAAGUUGUCUCCAUUUUUUGGGUGAGGAUAUUAAGAUUCUGGCAUUAUAGGACUAGAGAAAUAGCUCAGCUGUUAAGAGCACUGAGUUCGCUGGGCGGUGGUGGCUCACACCUUUAAUUCCAGCACUUGGGAGGCAGAGGCAGAGGC